GGGUGCCGGGUACAAUCUUAGCUUGGGAUGGCAGAAUUGUGCAAGGUCUUGCCCAUGAAGAGACUGUCCCGCUGGGCUUCCUACGAAAUUACAAGACCUCUUGACAACCGUUUUCAGAGACUUUCGGCGCUAUUUGCUGCGCCGUCGCAGUUAUUUACUUUUGAUAAACAAAAACGCAUUGGCUAAUCUAAAAUCAACAUCGUCAUUGAGCUCACAACAACACCAACCGACUUGCGACUGACUGAUGGCCUGUAGGCCAACAUAGCAUGUCUCAAGGUAAACAAUUCAUAAAGCUGAUCGGAGUGUCGCUGACGCCACAUAGAUGAUAAUCCGGAAUGGCCUCCCAGGUCCCCCCACGCUGCGCUCAUGAGUACUCCUGGUGGACGAGAUCGCCUGCGACGCCUUGCACAACGCGCGUCCCCAUCUCCAUCCCCGAUAAAGCCAUCAAAAUCCUCGGCUUCGUUACGGCACGAAGCAAGAGGCAUGAUGGAUGGUGCGGAUGACAGCGACGGAGAGGAGGAUGAGGAAACGCUCAAUCUCAAGUUGGAGGAGAUUCAGCUGAAAAUCAAAAUCAAGGAAGCUCAGAGGAGGAAACAACAAACCUCAGAUAAUGAGAAUGAGUCGAAAGCGGGGACUUCUAGGGCAGGUUCUGUUGCGGCAAGUCGGGCGCAAUCCAGACUCGAGGGCAUACGAGAACGACAGUUACAACGAUCCAAAUCGCAAACGAAUAUAAACGUUCCAGUCUCGCCUGUCAGGAGGACGUUCCAAGCUCCGACGUCUCCCAAAAGCCCUAAAAGGGUUCUAUUGGGUAUCGACAAGGGACUUACAGGUAGGGAUAUAUCGUUGAAGAGGGCACCUAGUUUACGGAAAAGAGAAGAAAAUGAAGGAACAGAAAGGCGGUUGGGACCGUUCCUUCAAAGACCCCAAUCUCAAAUUGGGACUAAUGGAGGUUCAUUCUCGUCAAUAAAUUCAAGUCAGGAAAGUCGCCAAAAAAGUUUUAGUGAGCGCAUGGCCGCUGCCCGGACUCAGGAUACAGAACGACAGGAUCGAGAAGCGCGUAUGAGGAAGAACCGGAGUACGGCCUUUGACAUAAACCAGGAGCAGAUGCAAAGUUACAAGGAAUCCGCCGUGGAAAUGCCGGAAGCCCCUCGAAGGCCUUCAGACUUCAGCAGAGAAGACAUAUUAAAAUCGGUUGGCAAACCGACCGCUAGUAGUAUGGCACGAAGUAGAACAACGCCAGCUCUCCGGUUAGCGAUGAAGGAAAGUAGUUUGCUCGACUCGAGUACGGUGUCUUCAAGCAGAUCGGAUUCCAGAGCUUCUUCGGCCGUACCGCCAUCCAGAAAUACUAAAUCGAAAAUAACACCGAGCGAUGUCUCGGAGACCGAGGCCUCACAGUUCGAACCAUUCUCAGCCACCCAUCUUUCCAAGAGGAUAAUACCUCACCAUGCUCUCACACGUACCCUAUCCGGCAAGAAGACAUUUUUAGUACCAGACCUACUCAGAACAGUCAAAGGUCCGGAUUUUUCAGCCCCUGAUAUUGAGGAAGAUUUGGUUGUAUUUGCUAUCAUUGCGAAGAAGACGGAUCCUAGGUCCCAUGUACCCAAUGGGAAAAGCGAGAAACGAGGAAAAUACAUGAUCAUGGGAUUAACCGACUUAAAAUGGGAAUUGGAUUUAGCUCUUUUCGAUUCUGCGUUCGACAAAUUCUGGAAACUCACUCCUGGGACUUUAAUAGCUAUUCUGAAUCCUGGAUUUAUGCCUCCUCCGCGAGGAAGGGCAGAUACUGGGAAAUUCAGUCUAGUAUUGAACUCCGAUGCCGACACAGUUUUGGAAAUUGGAAAUGCUAGAGACUUGGGUUUUUGCAAAAGCGUCAAGAAAGACGGGAAAACUUGCGACUCGUGGAUAGACAAACGCCAUACAGAAUUCUGUGAUUUUCACGUCAACCUCACCCUUCAGAAAACCCGGGCAUCUAGAAUGGAGGUCAAUACCAUGAACUUCGGGCGGGGCGAUUACGGUGCCAAAAAGUUCAAUUCCAAGGAUAUGACCGGGUACAUGGACUCAAGAAAAAAUGAAAAGACACGCAAAAAUGUCGAGUACGACCGAGAAAGUCACAGCACAGUCUUCAUAGGAAAGAGAACGACCGCGAAUCUACUGGAUGAUGUUGAUUACGACCCAGAUCAUUUCCAACGGGGAUCGAAUAAAGAGGAGCGUUUGACAAGACAACUCAUCGCUCAAGAGAAGGAGAGGGAAUUGGAGAGGAAGUUGGGGGAAUUCGGGAAUGGGAUGGGGGCCGACUACAUGCGUGCUAAACAACCCUCAAGAGCUGGAUCAAGAACUGAUACCAACUUCAGGGCAAGUGAUCAAGGUCCUCCUCCUCCACCUGAUGCGGCAAAGUUGGGCCUUUUGGGUGGCAAGGCGAUGGAUAUUAGACUAAGCCCUAUCAAAAGAAAACGCGCCAACACGACAUCGAGUAAAACCGCCAGGGGUUGGGGUAGCGAUCUCAGUAAAGACUUGGGUCGAAUGAAGGAGGGCGAAGCUUUACAGCCGAAGAAGAAGACCAGAUUUGUCACGGCGAAGGGGAUAAGAGAGGCGGGACGGGAGAGUAUCCCAACCGGGGCUGUUCUUAACGAUUUUCAUGAUGAUGAUGACAGUGAUCUGGAUAUUGUAAGGGAAUGAUUGGUGUAUAGGAAUUUUUAUACCUUUUUCUGUGUGAUGGAACUGACAUGGCUUGGUUUGAAGCCUCUCUCUGGUUACGCGGUUGUUCGACGUUUUCCUAGAUACCAACUUUUUUCGCUUAUUAGAGUUGCCUCUGGAAU